AUGUCUGAACGUAAUGUCCGGCUCGGUCGCGCUGCUUUGUGGGGAUGUCUAUCUUUCAAUGGUGUGCCACGCAUUUUCUUCACAGUCCUCCAACCAUCAUACUAUAUACCUGCGGGCGCGUUAAGUGAGAAACUUUUGUUGUCUUUCACCCUAAUUUUGGACCUUCUUUCCUGGGAAGCCCUUAAAUUCAUUGAAUAUUUGGCCAAUGUUGCGCUACUUCUUUCAGUUUCCAUUCAGAUAAGAAACACACCAAAUAACCUAAGUGAUGUUACCAUGCGUUUCGAAUUGCGUCUCUCACCCUCAAAUGCUAUUAUACGACUGGGCGAGCGCGCCACUAAAACAGGCUAUGGUGUCAGAACCAAGUUACUGUCUGAUUUCGUUUCCCCAUCCUGCUGCAUUCGGGGAUUAAGGCGACCCGGUCGAUGGCAUGAUUUCUUCUUCCAGGAUGGGGACCGCGUGAUCCUCGCUGUGCCUGGUUGGAGACACUACAAGUUAUGGCUGCCAACCGAUGUCAGUGGUGUUCUUGUUGUCAGUUUCUGUCCAGAUUGCCUGAGUGAAUUUCUGGAGGUGCUUUCAAAUAAGUCAUGGCUGUACGGCAGUGAAGCAUUGGUGUUGAGCACUGAUGUCAUGCUGUCGUUGAUGAUGAUGAUGCUCCGUAGCGUGCAUUCUCUGAACAAUUCAAGAAGCACUAAGACUCACAUUGAUAAUAAUCGUCCAGCUGUAACACUUUCGGUACCUAGCUUCCAUGCCACCCAAAGUAAGGGGGCGAGAUGGCCCAAGUGGUUGGAUCGCGAAUUUACUGACCGGAAGGUCCGUGGUUCGAAUCCGACCUCCGCCUCUCAACUUCCCCUGUCUAGGCUUGGGCAACCUGGCAGUAUCCCAGCCCUCGUGCUUCCUUCGGGUGGCAUGGCAGCUAGGCACCGGAAGGGUGCUACAGCUGAACGCUUUAAAGGAAGCACGAGGGCUGAGAUACUGCCAGGAUGUUCAAGCCUAGACAGGAGGAGUAGAGAGGCAGAGGUUGGGUUCUACCCACGGGCCUUUCGGAGUGUGAAGGCAGUAAGGCGUUUCCCCCAGACGACCAGGAUGUCCAUAUCUAUGGAAGCAGCGAUGCUGCCUUCCCCCGAGGAAGGACGGGUUAGAAAAGGUCGGCCACAAAAACCGCACACUCCGAUCGCCCAACGGUUGACCGUGACCGCCGGCGCAUUAUCCAAUACGGUCGAAAUACUUUUAAAGCCAAAGAGCCCGGUGCUGCUCAAAAGGCACCUGCUGUGCGCAGCCGCAUCAGGAAUGAGACAGGUGGAAGAGAGCCAGAGGCGCUCAAACAAUUACUUGGCAGCGAAGUGUGAAAGCGAUUACCAGCAAACUCAGCUGCGCUGGUCACUGCCGUCUUCCUGGAUGGGGACCCCGAGACGGGCCACAUCAAUGGCUACAGACAUUAUCAGACAUGGCCCAGUCGCGCCCUCAAUGGCGCUCCCCACUGUACCUAUCCCCAAAAAAACAUCGGUGAACGAAACUGCGGCAGCUACAACCACUGUACGACGAGUACGCGUAUCCACUAAAAAGAUAAAGAUAAAGCGUUCAGCUGUAGCACCCUCCCGGUGCCUAGCUGCCAUGCCACCCGAAGGAAGCACGAGGGCUGGGAUACUGCCAGGUUGCCCAAGCCUAGACAGGGGAAGUCGAGUGGCGGAGUUCGGAUUCGAACCGCGGACCUUCAGAAAUAUCUCGGCCGGUCCAGAACACAAUCCGGUGCGAAGAGCCGUUAGACGUCAAGUGAAAGUGAGCUUGGGAUCUGACCGUGAAGUGUGGUGGACACAGAAAGCCAAAGAAAUGGAAGAGGCCCAGAAAGCCGGUAAUGCCCGGAGAUUAUUUCAGUUGAUCCGUGCGACCGAUCCCCGGAAACCACCU